AUGCCAUUGUUGCUAUCUCAUGCAAGUGUAUCCUUUGCUUCCGACUCGGAAUGCUCUGCUCACACCAUUUGUCCCUCAGGUCUCGUCGUCUACGAAUUUCUCAUCACUAUCGGCGACGAGAUUAAAAUUAUUUGGAAGAGACCCGUCACUGCAUCUGCAGUGCUUCUCAGCUCGGUACGAUGGUCUUUGCUCCUCGCGAUUACCUUGCGACUUGCGCCGAAAACCCCGAAUGUAAGCCUCGAAUGUCUUUGGCUGCGCAAAAUCUUAAAAUAUGCCUUCUACAGGAGUGAGCCUGGUCAUUUGAGGCUUGUGCGUAACAUAUUACUUACCAAAACACGACAUAUAGCUGCGCAGAAAUUAGUAUCAUGGACAGGACAGUCGUCCUUCUUGGGUUCGUCCAGAUCGCACGUAAGCCUCACGCAGCCUGUCUGA